AUGUCCGCUCUCUCCAGCCCAGGCCUCCUGGGCACCGAAAGCUACGAGCUUCCACCACACUCCUCCCACUCCAACGCCUCCAACACACCAAUCCUACAUGGAGACCCCGAGAAGUCUCAAAAACCAUACAGACUUCCCUUCACACAACGACUUCGCCACUUCACCUGGGCCUGGUAUACCCUCACAAUGAGCACAGGCGGCCUCGCCCUACUAAUCGCCAACCAACCAAACACAUUCCCGGGCCUCUACCAGAUCGGCCUCGCAGUCUACAUCAUCAACCUCGUCCUCUUCGCCGCAGUGUGCUCUCUUAUGGCUACCCGCUUCAUCAUCCACGGCAAUUUCAUUGAAUCCCUCACCCACGACCGCGAAGGCCUCUUCUUCCCAACCUUCUGGCUCUCCAUCGCAACAAUGAUCACCGGACUAGAGAAAUACUUCGGCGACGACCCCGCACCCGCCUUCUCCACAACCCUCCAAGUCCUUUUCUGGAUAUAUUGCGUCUGCACCUUCGCCGUCGCCGUCUUCCAAUACUCCUACCUCUUCUCCUCAGUCACCUACAGACUCCAAACCAUGAUGCCCUCCUGGGUCCUCCCAGCCUUCCCCAUCAUGCUCAGCGGAACAAUCGCCUCUGUCAUCGCCGAGCGUCAACCCUCCCACUCUGCCAUCCCCAUCGUCGCCGCAGGAAUGACCUUCCAAGGCCUCGGCUUCAGCCUCAGCUUCAUGAUGUACUCGCACUACAUCGGCCGCCUAAUGGAAUCAGGCCUGCCCUGCCGCGAGCACAGACCGGGAAUGUUCAUCUGCGUCGGUCCACCCGCUUUCACUGCACUAGCCCUCAUCGGCAUGGCGCGCGGUCUCCCAGAAACAAUCUCCGUAAUGGGAAGCGAAGAUACCGUCGCCGAUGGCCGGGUCUUGGAGAUUCUGGCUCUAGCAGCAGGCGCGUUCCUGUGGGCUUUGAGUCUGUGGUUCUUCUGUGUUGCGCUUAUUGCGGUUGUGAGGGCACCACCUACAGCUUUCCACUUGAGUUGGUGGGCGAUGGUUUUCCCGAAUACGGGGUUUACGCUUGCGACUAUUGUUUUGGGAAACGCGUUUGGGAGUGAGGCGAUUAAGGGGGUUGGUUCGGCUAUGUCGGUUUGUGUUGUGGGGAUGUGGGUAUUUGUGUUUGUGAAUCAUGUUUUGGCGGUGGUUCGUCAGGAUAUUAUGUUUCCUGGCAAGGACGAGGAUGUCUCGGAUUAG